AUGGCGUCUUCCAGCACGCACUCGCAUUCACCGCGAGUGCCUGGAAGGCCUUCACCGCAAAUGCAGGCCAACAAUCCAAUGACGCCCGUUCACUCCCCACAUCACUCAGUGACCUCGUCAAUCUCUUCUCGAACUCCCAUCCACACCCUUACUAUACACGAAUACCGCAAGCAACAACAUACGCCCAACUCGCAAAAGGGGACACCAUCAGGCAAGACUCUUCGGAGGAAAGCUGCGGCGUCUGCCUUGAGCGAUAUCGAGCGCAUCCCUUCAGUGAUUCGUACAAAGCGAUUAGGCUCGGGCUCAUCGUUACACCCUCUGCACUUUUCGCAAUCCGCACAGCAACUCAAGCCAGGUCAAUUGCCUUUCGAACAGCAAGCGGUUCCCGAUCUUUCCUUCAGAUCGCAGUCAGCUGAACCUCGUGUGCAAGGCGGUAGCACAUCGAGUACUUUGACUGUCACCUUGUCUGGCAAGGUACGUCACUUCAACUCAAGAAAAAGGCUGCCGAGGCCGCCUGUGGCCACAGGUCCUGUAUCGUUUCCCCUCCCUCAUGCAAAUGUGAAAUCUUCGCACCCCCGGCGCUCUCCUACUGCUUUGAACUUCUCUACGGAGCUUUCACACGCGAGCGACGCGCAAUCUACGCCCACACCCUCGACAUUUUCUCUGUCCAGGUUCCCUCAACCGCCCCAAUUUGCCGACCCGUCAUUCUCUCCCCCGAGCGAUGAAAGGGAGGGCACACAUAUAAACACGCUUCGCUUCUCCACAACCGCGCCCGCAACACCACCUGCAACCCCGGCAACUCCAGCAAUUAUCCACUACCGCGGCGCUUCUUUCGACCUGGUCAACCCUCACGACUCACUACUACUCCACGAAAUUGUCACGCCUUCGAGAGAUUUCGAUUCGAGUGACUUUCUUCCAUUGCGGUCUUCUGAGGAGCCACUUUUGGUAUCUACAGAGAUGGCACCGAAGCGAGCCUUGUACGGCGAUCUCAACUCAGCGCAUGCUGGUAUCAUGAGACGCGCAGACGACUCUUUCAGCGGAUCAAUUCUCGACCUCCCGCUUCCCCCAACGCCGGCUGCGAUCAGUCCGAGCUCCUCUGCAUACACCUCCCCCAUCUACAGCCCGGAGUCCAUCAAUGCUCCUUCUCCAUUGUUGAUCACGAAGCCGACGAAUGAAACACGGUUUUCAUUGAGGCAUCUCACCCGUACCUUAACGAAGAAGCUAGGCAAAAGCCCCAUCGACACCAAUGGGGAGGAGUUGCAGGAUUUGCGCAACACCAGCGUGAGUCUCGCGUCGAUUGAUAUGGAUGGCGAGUAUCCACGACCACUUACUCAGAGUUACGUUGCCACGCCGCAGGCCUCGUACUUCCCGGCCAGUCAGGUAUCACCAAUCACACCUACCAGCCCUACAUCUCCCGAAGAGUCGGCUACAUUUUCAUCUCAGGAGCAUGAAGUCGAGUUUCCGCGAAAACAUUCGAUAAAACACUACGAUAUGGCGCCGUUGACAUCUAUGGUACCAGAUGCUCCCUCCACACAGAUGGGGCGGACAGACAACGCGCAAUUCUCCUUGUCUGAGGAAGGCACGCUUUCAAAGCCGUACUACGAUGAUCUCGAUUCCAUAUAUCCUAGCUCAUCAAUAUACACCGGGGAUGAUCAACGCAAGUCAAUUUAUCAGCAAAGCCUUGGCAGCAAUCGCCAGAGCAAUCCUUUCGACGCACGCUACAGUGGUAUUGAUGCAAGUGGCUUCGCGAAUGAGUAUAACCGCGAAAGCCUGUAUGGAUAUGAUAGCGCUCGUAUGGGUAGCCGUCAGAUGUCGAGGCCUCUCACGCAGGAUUUGUACCAUCGUUCCAUCGAUCCAGGAGAUGCAAAGGCCGACACCAUUAGCAAACUGAUUGACGAAUAUAACCCCGAAGAGAUGGUAGGCAAUUCUUCGUGCCUAAGUCACGAGCAAACUGCAAAUGUUUAUGAAAUGGGCAGUUCUCCGCCCGGUGACUCUGAUCGUCGUCAACCAUCGAGAGUCACUUCUGGUCUCAGUCAAUUCGAAUUUGAUCUGCGUCAGAAAGCACCACAGGCCUGUAAUCACGAAUUUGUCGGUCCUAUUCAACAUGUUCUUGCUAGGCGGCCUACAAUUACCCGAGAUCUCGGUUCACCUCCGCGAGAAGCGGCUCCUCUCGCGCCAGCCUUUGAAUAUGAAGAGGCAAUUUCGAAUCCUCCGCGUCCAGGAAUAUCUGAGAUUUUCUCCAACGGAUCAUCUUACUCAUAUGGAGACACCCGGAAUUUGCUACAGAUUCCACAGUCCCAGGCUUCUUUUCCACAGGCCCUCCACCAAAGUCUUGAGCCAUCAUCAUCAUACUCUCAGCCUGAGGUCAAGGCACUCGAGCCCUCAUCGUCUUACUCUCAGGCGGGGGGUCAGGCUACCCCACAGACUCCACAAGAAGCGCUCGAUCAAGCCGACCAAAUUUUCCAGGAUGUAGUCACCGAGCAUCAGCAAAGUAAUCCUACGAUUCCAGCGAUGUGGGUCAGACGUAGCUCAGGCAGUCUUCUUCUUAGUAAGAAGAUUACGAACCAAUCGUCCGGAGAUAGGAAGGAUCUUGAGCCUGCCGUCCGCGUCGUUGAAGAAGACAAAGGCGAUUGGGAGACUCUUGCUGCCGAUAGUCAAAAAGGUCGGGGGUCGCUUGAUAGCAUCGCCGACUACAGCAGCAGUGAAGGCACUCGAAAUAGUCUAGGUCUCGGCUCAAAAGGCUCGCUUCCGUCUUGGGCGAAGCAAAAUCACUCUCAAGGUGGUUCACAUUACAGCCACCCAAGCCCUCUGCGGACACAUCCCCAUCCGUUCGGUUCAUCGCCACCGGAUCUAGAAACACGCGCUAGUGUUCGAACAGCACCUGAGGCUUCUUCCCCUCCUCUGGCUUCUAGCCCUCCAGCCUCAUCGACGGUCCCUUUAUUCCGAUUUUCCGUUCGACCCGAGGAAAUCCUAGGCCGCGGUGCUGUCGAAGAGCCAUAUGCCUUCACACCUUGGGCAGAUCCCUAUGCUUUUAGCGACAAAGAGACGCAGGAACUGCUGGCUUCAGGUCCCAAUGAUAAGAUCAUUAUAGAUGAUGAGUUUGGUGUUCCUAAUCCAUCAAAUCGUGUUAGCUACAAGCAGGGAGGUCGUGCGAUCGCACCAAUUUCUAAUGAGAGCGUGUUCGAUAGCCCUAUUGGUUUGGAGCGCGAGAACACAUUCGAGAAGUUCUCCGUUGUUGGACCUAAAGGUAAUCUCACAGGUACACCAAAAGGAACCGGCAUGCAUGAGACUGGCAGUAGCGUCGCAGACACUAGCAGCCCCGGGCUGAAGCUGAGUUCGAGCAUUGGCCGCCAAAGCUUCCGCUCCGACUACACUGGCUUCUACGCAUCUCCUUUUCCAGCAACUGGAAGUGUGACCCGAAUCUGUGACUCUCAGCCUCCACCCGAGCCGCCACAUGAACGGACACCUUCGCAGAUUACUCUCUUCCCGAGUGCAUACAGUUUGGAGCCGGCUCAAGAGAGUUCUCCACUUGCAGCCGCGAACCAUCGCCAACCCUUACGAUGCUCUACGACGUUCCAGCGUACACGCCGUGCGAGCCGUGCUGCAGUACCGGGCCAGACGAAAUUGAGACAAAUGGUCCUCGCGCCUGAAGGCCGAGCUACUAUGUCUAGUCAGGAUACUCAUUUCGCUCGCUUCGUGAAUGGCAGUGGACGUCCAUCUACGAGCGACACCAACACGCCGUUACGUUCAACGCGUCUCAGCAUUGACACUUACCCGGCUAUCGCUCGGACUGUCAUUGCUCACGAACACUCACCUCACCUACUCUGCCCAGAGCGAGAGGUCAACCCCGAAGACGAGGCACGCCGACGCAAGCUGUCAUGGUAUAUUCUUGCUGUUUUCUGCCUUCUACCGCCUUGUAUCUUUCUCUUUCGCACGUGGGGAGAUUCGAUCAUGAUUUCGCUCACAGAGGGUCGACUGGGUCACUGCACGCCACAGUCUAAGAGGGCUGCGCUGAUUGCUGGUAUAUGUAUCAAUGUCGGUCUUAUUACAGCAAUUUCGGUUCCGAUCCUUGUGGCACAUGCGCUGAAGGCUGUGUGA